GUUGCGCAUUCUAUAGUCACUUUAGGGUUUUGUCUGGUUUGUCUCAAACUGUUGCCCGUGCGUGCGCGGGCUUCGUUAUUAAGCGCCUCCUCCUGCUUUGCUGAUCCACGGUCACUUGCGAGCUGGGGCUGACCGAAGUCGAGGGCAAAAUUACCCCCAAACUAGAAUACCAGGUUCCUUGCAUUACAGCAAUGCUCGGUGACUAUCCCUUCACAAAUCCAGAGGAAUAGAUUCCAUGACGAGUUGGAAGAAACACCGUUCGGAGGACAGAAUAAAGAAGCGCGGACUGUCAUGUAAAAUAUAUAGUUUUUACCCUUCCGUUUUUAUGUAGCCUAUGCGAAUGCACCCACUAUUCUUUCCAGUUGCGUGAACUUACGGAAUGGCACCGUCCAGUGCUAUGCGUAAAACCGACGAAGUGGGUGAAGAUGAAUUACUUUUGAUCAGUAUUCUAUACAAAUGUUUUGUAGAUGAAAAGCAAUGCAAAUGUAGUUUAACAAUUCAGUUAUGGAACUUGUAACCUGGUUCGUGACAUCUUAGCAAUGAAGACUUUGCAUUCACUGGUUAGCCUACUUUGUCAUUUUUUGCUUAUCCGUCGUAAUAAUUGUACAACAGCUUUUUGAAUGGAUUUAACUUUGGCGAUUAAAGUGGAAAGUACAGUAGCCUAACCUUUGCAUAACAACAAUAUUUUUUUUUCAAGUGUCGCCUAAGGCACGGCGCAGGCGCUCUAACUGCUUGCUGUCACUAAAGCAUUUUUCUUCACAUUGGAAACUGUCACAAGUGACGUCAAUCACCGAGAGCUGACCAAUUAGAGCGCAGGGUGAUUGUUUAGCUCCACGGGCUGCACAGCCUACCAUGAAUCUCUAUUCAGUAUAUCAAAGCGUCCUGCUGCUGCCUCUCAACCGAAUGGGAUUCAAUGUAGGCACUGAGAUAGACUAAACUUUAGAGUUUUAUUUUUUUGUAUUUUUUUCCUUGCGAUUAAAAUAUAUUUGUCAUCAUCAUUAUUAUUUUGCCUGCUGUCAAAGUUAUUCUAAAAUUAGGAGUAAUGAGCGUGGAUGCUUUGGGAAGCCCUGUGAUGGACCCUACGUUUUCCAAACGGAACACAGCGCUGAGAUUAGUUGACUUGGCAGGGGCUCACCACCAUCACCAUCAUCACCACCAUACCCCUCAGAGCGUGACAGGCUUCCCGGGGUUCAGCAGCCAUCCACACUCAAUGGCUCACGCGCACCCUGGGGAGAUUACUGCGGAACCCCGCCUGGGGCCGAGUCCAUUCGGGCCAGAACACAUGGGGCACUCCGCGGCCCUCAAAAUCAGCCCAGCCCAUCAUUAUCCCCACCACCAUCACCACAAUCAUCAUAUUGCAGGCCACAGUGAAGUGGUCUCCAGUCAAACGGGAGCUUUUGGCCCGGUGCAGGCGGCGACGGUCCCAUACUCUAUGUCUCAUACGGCCCAGGCAUUAUCCGCAGGUAGGGAUUUCCUCAUACGACGAGAUCUGACAGCUCAAGCCAUGCCAGUGCUGACCGACCAGCCUACUGGUACAUCCUCUCACCACGGAAUGUUUGUCUCAACAACAGGUAGCUAUCCGGGACACUAUGGUCAUCACCCCGAUGCUGCGAACCAUACCCUCUUCCCCGGACUUCAUCACGAACAGCCUUCUAACGGAGCUCCAGGUGGCCAAGCACUGAGCGGACAAAUACGGUUAGGAAUACCUGGAGAAAUGUAUGUUAGAUCUGAUCACUUGAGUCAAGUGGCAAGCUCCAGGACAGACCCAUUUGCUGCAUCGCCUCUGCACAGCUACGGCGGUCUCAAUCUGAACAUGAAUCUCAGCGCUCACCACCACGGACCAGGAGCCUUUUUUCGGUACAUGAGGCAACCGAUUAAGCAAGAACUGAUCUGCAAAUGGUUGGAACCGGAACACUCAGUGAAAAAACUAUGCUCCAAAACUUACAGCACCAUGCAUGAACUGGUGACACAUGUGACAGUGGAACACGUCGGGGGACCAGAGCAAGCAAAUCAUAUAUGUUUUUGGGAAGAGUGUCCUCGAGAAGGAAAGCCUUUUAAAGCCAAGUACAAACUUGUAAAUCAUAUCAGAGUACACACCGGAGAAAAACCAUUCCCGUGUCCAUUCCCCGGCUGUGGAAAAGUAUUCGCAAGAUCGGAAAAUCUUAAAAUUCACAAAAGAACUCACACAGGCGAGAAGCCCUUUAAAUGUGAGUUUGACGGAUGUGACAGACGCUUCGCCAACAGCAGUGACCGGAAGAAGCACUCCCACGUGCACACCAGCGAUAAGCCCUACAACUGCAAAGUGAGAGGUUGUGACAAAUCCUACACGCACCCCAGCUCUUUGCGAAAACACAUGAAAGUGCACUGCAAGUCUCCACCUCCGAGUUCUGGUUACGAAUCAUCGACUCCAUCUCUCGUUUCACCCUCAUCAGACUUGGGCCGGGAGCCAGCUCCCUCCUCACUGUCCGAACCUCUCUCCGCGUCUCAGCCAGCGAAUCUAAGCGAGUGGUACGUUUGUCACAGUUCAGGUGCCAGCGGCUCCCAGACCCCUCCCAGCGGCUCCUCCACACCUGACCCUUCAGAGAGGCCUCAAUACAGGAACCCGCCAUGCAGGGACACAUUCUAACAAUAGUACGAGUAAAAUAAUAAUUCUGAAUGGAAAAUGCAUUGGAUUCGCAAUUAUUUUUUGGGGGAAGAGUCCAUUUUCCAAGAUAUCAUCCUAGGCCCUACUUGUCUAAACGCACUGGCAUAUCGACAAACAAUGACACUGCCAAUCCUCCAAUUGAAAUAGCCAGCUAUCAUGAGUGUUAAUCUCUUAUACAAUGUAAUGGUUACUCGUAAGCAUGUGGCUGUAUUAUUUUGUAAAUUCAGUUUAAACAUCAAUAUCUUUUUAAUUUAUUUUUGAAUCUGACUUGGACAUUUUUGUAAUAUCGAACCAAAGUGUUUCAAUAGAACAAACUGUAAAUUUGUAUAUUGCAACGUUUUAAUGUGUACGUGUUAACGGUAAUUUUGUAUGGUUCAGUCUUUCAGCUAUUUUGAAAUUUUGCUACUAUUGUUUGUAUAAAAUUAAUAUUUGAAAUUGUUUAAAUUUCAUAACGAAUUAUUUCCUUCAUUUGUGCUUUAUCGAACUAUUGACCUAAGCGUUGUUACUGUAAUUGCUAUGACAAACAUAACAUUCAAAAUUAUUGCAGUCAUUGGUCAAUGUUGGCAUUUUGUGGUUUUGUAAUACUUGUUAAGGUUUGUUAAUAAUACAUUUUAUGACAAUUCGAUCGACAAGAUGGGACUCAACAUGUGUAUCAAACUGCCUUGUAAUUUGUCAGUAUUUUGAA